GCGGAAGUGGGCGAACCGUCUCAAACAGACAUGACGUGUUUGCUAGCGAGCAGCAGCGCGAUGUUUUCCUUAACACGGCAAACAAAACGCCGCUCAUGGAUAUGCUUUUUAUCCCUGGUGGUUUAUUUAACGUCGCUGCCAGUUUCGGCAAAGCCGGGCAGCCUCAGAGAAGUGACCGACGGCAACUGGGAGGAAAUCCUGACGGGAGAAUGGAUGAUUGAAUUCUACGCACCCUGGUGUCCAGCAUGCCAGCAGCUCCAGCCGGUGUGGACGGAGUUUGCGGACUGGGGGGAGGACAUGGGGGUCAACAUAGCCAAGGUGGACGUGACAGAUCAACCUGGUCUGAGUGGGCGAUUCAUCAUCACUUCACUUCCUACUAUUUACCACUGUAAGGAUGGCGUCUUCCGGAAGUACCAGGGAGCUCGCACUAAAGAGGACUUCCUCAGCUUCAUUGAUGAGCAGAAAUGGAAAGCAGUGGAGCCAGUUUCCUCUUGGUUGGGGCCAUCUUCGUUUCUAAUGAAUUCGAUGUCUGCUUUGUUCAAGCUCUCCAUGUUUAUCCGGCGUUGUCAUAACUAUAUGACAGAGCAUCUGGGGAUUCCUGUUUGGGGGUCUUACGUCAUCUUUGGCUUGGCCACUCUGUUCUCUGGCCUUGCACUGGGACUGUUGCUGGUGUUCAUCGCAGAUUUUGUCUUCCCCUCGCGGCGAUUUUCUUCUCCGGAUUACUACCAGAAAAAACAGACAAUGCAGCAGCAGAGGUUGCUCCAACGACAAGAGGAUGAACAUGAGGCCGAUGGCGAGGAAGACGAUGAUGAAGAGGAUGACGAGCAGGAUGGCGACCAGGAUGAUGUCUGGAGUAGGAGAAGAGGAUCUCCAGAGGGCCGUCCAGAACCUAAGGGACAGGCGUUGUCCGAUGAAGCUUUGAGGAAGAGGGUGGUGGGCAAACGUGAGGAGGAGGAAGAGGAGGAGGAUGAGGAGGACACUUAGAGAGUCACGUGGCCCCUACUCGUUUGAGAAGAGCGCCGUGUAGUCAUCAGAGUGGGAGGAGCAUUGGUCCUGAGCAGCAGUGUUUACAGCAGGGAGCCCUAAACUUCCCCCUAACCUCCUCUCUUGCUCCUCCUCCUCCCCUGGGCUCCCAGAAACACCUCACUUCUUUUCUUCUCCUUCCCUUGUUUUCAACAGGAGCGCUUUAGACUCUAACCAUCUGAGCAGCAGGCUCCACCUGGAAAAAGCAAAAACACUCCUGACACCUGUUUUCACUUGUGGAAACAAAUUGCCUGGCUGAGGUUUAGGUAUGAAGUGCAGCAGAGAUGGAAUUUGCAAUGUUGUUUAUGCUAUGCAUCGUUUUUUAAAGAUUUGUGUGUUAUUAUGUGUUUAUCUCAGAAUUAUUACACAAGGCUUGCGUUUGAAGUUUAUAUUGUAAAAUUUUACUAUUACUAUAGCUAAUGUAUACAUCCAGUUGGUUAUGUUGCAUAUAUUUUACAAACCCUGACAGUUCAACCCAACGUAACAGUGUUCACACACCAUUCCACAUUCAGCUCAUAAUGGAGAAAAGAGGGAAAAGAAAUGGCCUCAAGUGUUACAGUUACUUUUGAAAUUAAAGUGGUUACUGUGGUAACAGCAAGUGCGGUUUAAUACUACAGCAUACACUUGUUGAGUAGCUGCUUUGUCAGAUAAUAACUGCAACCGCUAUCUGAUUUCAUGCUGCAGAUGGCACAAGUAGUUUUCCACACAACCGCAGGACACAGUAAAGUUUUGUAUCUUGCUGAGAAGUUGGAGGUGUGCCUAUCGUCUGCCGCUCUUCAUCCAAGAGCGCUCUCUAGCCUUUUUCAAACAUAGUUCCCAGUAAAUUACUGGGAUAAACAUUUUUAAGCUCUGCUGGUGAUUUCUUUACUAUUCACACAUGCAGCCUCAUUUAGGAACAUUUCAGUCUUGCGCCUUUUCACACGUCAUUGCAGUGCUGGAAUAGAUGGAGCGAGGGACGGUCCAGCAGACGGUGGUAAUGCAACGCACAUGGAUGCCAGCCACCAUAAAACUCAACAGAAGCAGAAGAUGGGAGAUGGCCAGAUGUACGUGUACAUGACGAUGGCAGAGCUGUAAGACGUCUAAUUAUUUUCAGGAACAUGGCGGGUGAGGAGCUGUUUUUCUAUUUCUGAAUCUGUCAGGAUUCCAGACAAUCUUAAGAACUAAGCUUUGUUGCAAACAAAAUAAUUUGUACAAUUUGUUGACCAAAACCCCCGCAAAAGCAUUUGCAAGGAAGGCAGCCGUAAACAAGUUGCAGAUUCAAAUACGUCAUCAGCAGAGUUUUGUGAUUAGUUCGCUAAAUACAUAUGAAAGCAUCUUUCGUCAGACAGAUGUCACCUUUUACUUGCUUGUCCCUGCAGUGUUGCUGCUUUCACUCACAACACAGCCGUACAGGUGUUUUGAGGUAGGAAAUUGGAGGUACAGAUUUCCUUGAAUACUGAUCACUCUUCCUAUUCACAAAUGACCCCAUCCAGUAAAUUAUUCUGAACUUUUCAGGGGUAGACAUCAUGUGUGAAAGGGGUUUGCGGCUGCACCAUCUGGUUCCAUUACUCCCUUGAAAAAAGAUUUUAUCCACUGAUGAAGAAAAUGCUGAAAAUGACUGCUGUCUUGUUUUGUAGACACGUUUUUUGAUAAUCGUGAUCAGCUCUCACCUUGGUGACAAAUACAUUGCUUUAUAAUAAAGGCCACUGAGUUAGCAGUAAAUUAAUACAGCUAUGCGACAGUUUUAGGAGAAUGAACAGUAAACAAAGUGUGAUAAUGAGCUCAAAUUAAAAACAAUGCUGGAUUACACAUGUUUUCUUUCUUUUAAAUCCCUCAUGCGUGGGAAGGCAAUUUGAAUCAAGUGCAGGAAUGGCAGAUCCGCCACAAACAAUGGCAACUACUGAUGUAGUAAUUACAGAAUGUAAAUACAUUUAAUGGCUACGGCAGGCACAAGUACGUAAGGGGCAGGAACCCUUCUUACAGCAUUUGUGUUUUGCUCAAUAACUGCACAAAAACAUUGACUUUGACUGAGCUGCACUCUUGCCAGUUUGCAAAAAACUAGACCAGGACAGGAAGAUGCUAAUUUAAAAAAAGGAACUAAACUCAACAAUAAAUACUAAAGGUCUGGUAAGUGUUGUUCUGUAGAUACUAUAUGUCCCCAUAACGUAUGAAAUAAUCAACCAACGGGAGGUUUUAUUAAAUUUUUUGUUAUUGUUUUUUGUUUACUUGUGAUUCUCUAAUUAUUAAGGGAUGUUUACUCAAACAUCCCAGAUGUGUUGUCAACCUGUCUACAGUAUACGCAUGCUGUAAUACAUUUAAAGAGUGGAACAAUUUAGGGGCUCUCACUCCCUUUUGUAAAUUGAGAGAAGUCAGGCAUAUCCGUCCUAACGCUGUUGUGAAACAGUGCGAGGAGCAGAAUGAAGUUGUCUGUGCAACAAAGGGAAGCAUAAUUUAUCCAACUGUAAUCUUGUUUUAACCACUUUUAAUUUGACUUUUUUAAGGCUGAAAACUUUUAAUUGAGACCUGAACUUCUGAGGUUAAUUUACCUAAAUUUGUGCCAUUUUGUGGACAUUUGUUUCUUAUUGAAAUCAUGAACAAAUUAUCACUUUGAUGCCUAUUUCUAAAAUAUUAAUGCCACUGUAAGCAUAGCCUGUAUGUAUUUCAGUCUAGUAGAGCAAAAAGGUGUGUGUGUGUGUGUGUGUGUGUGUGUGUGUGUGUGAGAGAGAGAGUGUGUGAGAGAGUGUGACACACUUCACUAUUUCCACGACGCUUAUAAUGACUGGCAUAGACUUUGAUUUAUUUUUAUGCUGCUUUCUAUUCCCAAAAAGCAAAUUACUCAUUUCAGUGAUUGUUGAAACAGGUUGUGAUUUUUUUAAUUUUUUUUUAUACCCGACCACUAAGUAUGGCUUGUAGCAUUCACACUUUACUCUGAGCAGGCUGUGCUUUUAUUGUUUGAACAUUUCUUUGAAUAAAGAGUUAUCUCUGACAACA